UGUUACUAUUGGAAAUGCACGUAAACAUGCAUGGCGACUCGCGACUUCCUCGAUCACAAUACAGAUUUUUUAAUAUGCCAAAGUGGUAAAUGUAUGCAGCAUGGAAGGUACAACAGAAAUGACUGAAGGGAAUCAGCAAAUGACUUGUGAAGAGACUACAGCUUCACAGGUUACACAUAUAGAUGUAGACAAUCCUCAAGAUGAAGCACUUCAUGUAGACUCUUCACCAAGCCGCAAAGAUGAAAAAGAAAUUUUGACAGAUUCUGAUAACAAGAUUUCUGAAGAAGCCGGAAGUACUUCUGAACAAUCUGAAAAUCAAUCCUCAGAACAGCAGCAACAGAGUAGCCCUUCAAGUAAUAUGGAAGCUUCCAAGUUGGGUUCUCCUGUUGAAAGGCCUGAUGGUCUUGCAGACGGGAAAGAGGACUAUACCAUUACAGAAAAGGGUGUAAUAGAACCUGAGGAGUCUGUCGCACAAGAAAGAACUUCUCAACAGCUCGGUGAUGCUUCUCCUGAUAUAGAAAAUGCUGACACAUUGGUUGAUGAAAACCAGGAGAAAAAGUUGACGGUCACAUUAAAUCUUGAAGCGGAUGUUGUUGAUGCUGACAUUCAGGAGGAUGUCAGUACCACAGAUGACAAAUCUCGACUCGACACCAAUGAUCAAGUUUUUCCAAAGGAAGUUGGCGACAGUGCUGUUGAAGGUUCCGAGAGCACCAGUCCACUGGUUGCUAUUCCUCCAUCAGAACUGAACGAAGCUAAAGAAGCAGGUUCUGUACCAGGAGUAGACAAGGUGCAGCCUCUUGUGUCAGAUCCCACCCAAGAGUCGGACAGACGGAUCAGCGUAACGGAAAGUGCUAAAGAACCAAGUGACUCAGUGACGCCCAGCAAGCCGGACACCCCUGAGACUGGGAUCUCAAUCAACACAAGAGGGGACCCAGGUCUCCAGUCCAGGCUGACAACUCCGCACCCUCCGAGCCGACCCUGGCUGGACAGGCCCCUGACUCAAGCGUCAAACAGCACAGAGUUUACAUACGACGAGAAGAAAGACUUUAGGACUCCAGACUACGAGUACGCACAGACGCCGCUGUACUCGGUCCGGGGCGACUCGGCGCUGCGGCAGGAACGGAGGGCUUUAAGCAGAGGAGACAGCACCAAGAGCGUGACCUUUGCAGACGACCUCAUGGGUAGGAGGAGUGCUAAAGCUCGUGGGGUAGAGGAGGAGGCAGAGGACGCAUCUUCAGAUGGAGAAAAUGAUGUAGGAACACCUGAUGUGGAAAGAGAAGAAACUGAAUCUGGGUUCAAAGAUGAAGCAACAGAAGAGGUCAAAGGUGAAGAUGUGACAGAAGAGAAAAAAGAGGAGACGGACAGUGGGGACCUCUUCCCAACGGCUGUCAGCGAGGAGAAGAUUGAGGAGGCCAAACUCAAGAGGAAAGAGCGAGCGGCCAGCGAUGCGGCACUCAAGGAGCAGCGCCUCGUGGGACUGUUUGGGGAACCGAGGCUUGAGGAAAGACGCUCCAUGGAAGAUGUGGUGGGCAGCAAAGCCAGGGAGCAUUUUGACAAAGGCUGCGUCCUCCUGUCUGAGCUACGCCACGGCCAGGCCGUAGUCUGCUUCGACAAGGCCAUCAAUCUCUGCCCUAGGGAGGUGCGCUACUACCUGAUGCGGGCCGAGGCUUACCUCCAGAUGUGCGACUUCCAGUCGGCCAUCUUGAAUUUCAAGAAGGCCUGCGUGUUGGCCCCGGACAAUGACGCAUAUUACACACGCUUGGCGUUUGUCUACUAUUUUCAGGGGCAGACGUUGUUUGACCAGUGUCUGUUUGCCGAGGCUCUGGAGUCCUUCUCCCGUGCGUCUGAAAUGAGACCUGAAGUCAUCGGUUACCACACAAGAAGCGUGGCGUGCCUAGCAGCCUUGCAGAGACACGGUGAGUGCCUGGCACUGGUCAACAAGCGGCUGGAAGUGGAACAUAAUAACCCAGACCUGUACAUCAUGAGGGCGCGUCUGCAUGAACUCUUCAGGAAUAGAUCCCUGUGCUACUAUGACCUGAAGGACGCCAUUGCCCUGGACCCAGGCCGGGCUGAGGCUAGCGCCCUCAUGAGACAGCUAGAGGCCAAGGCAGAGGACAGCCGUGCACACGCCGUGCGUCUGCAGCUUCAAGGCAAACUGAAGGAGGCCAUGCACAAGAUCACGAACGCGGUGGAAACCAACCCGGCAGUGGCUGACUACCACUUGCUCAGGGGUGCCCUCCAUCGCCGUCUCCACGACUAUAAUGCCGCCAUCGACGACUUCCUUCUUGCCCUGGACAAGACUGACCACAACGAGCAGAACCGUGUCUAUCUGGAAGCCCAGCGACAGCUCUUGCUGACGUACAACGACUUUGCCGUGGAAUGCUUCCUCGGGGGACACUUCGAGGAGGCCAUCAUCCUGCUGAACAAGGCCAUCAAGGGGGAGAAGAGAGAAAAGGGACUGUACAUCAACCGAGGAGACUGUUUCUUCCGUUUGAAUGAGCUUCACUUCGCCCUUGCUGACUACCACCAAGCCUUGGAGCUGGACAACACAGACUGGACUAUCCGGUCCCGCAUCGCCUCCAUUCACAGCGAGUUUGGCCUGAUGGACUACGAGGAGCACAGCUACAAAGAGGCCGAGGCUCGCUUCACUGUGGCCAUCCAACACAACCCUAGGGUGGGAUCGUACUUCAUCAGCAGGGCUAAAGUCCGCUUCAUGCUGGAGAACCACGGGGGCGCCAGACACGAUCUCCUGGUCACCCUCCACAUUGAGCCCAACAACGAGGAGAUCCUCUCCCUCUUGCCCCGCCUCUUCCCCGGCAAGCCAAUCAGUGACAUCAUGAAGAGCAAAGCGGCAAGACAGGCCAAGGCCGAGGUGGAGAACGCAGUGGUCACAGCGUCACCGGUCCGCCUGCCUACUUUGAAUGGGGAUGCAGCAAGCAAGGAGGAACAGCCAAGCAGCCCAUCACAGGCUAAAGCCCAAGCAGGGGCUGCUGCCAAGCAGGUGACCUUUGCAUUAGCCGCUGCCACUCCCCUGGUUCGGUGGUGCCGGACCUGAAAGCGUGCAUGGACGAAAUCAGCUUCAACACGGUCUUGGCAAAGAAGAAGAAAAAGAUCUCUUCCAAUGUGAAAGGCCUCCUUCAUGACAGACAAACUCUGUGGGUCGACGCCCCGAAACUUUGCCCCCAGCCACCAGCCCGCCCCUAUGCCGUCCGAGGAGGGACUUUAAACAAGAACCAGUCUAAUAUAGAUCCUGCUAUGGGGUGGCGGUCGUUCAGUGUGGGUGUUGGCCUGAAGUAGUCCAAUGCAUGCAUUUCAGCCACAGCCUUUUUGUGCGACCAUAUGCAGCCACACCCAACAGUAUUUAAACAACCAACCAUGGUGUUACAGCAACCAUAACGCCAUGCCCAAUUAUGGUGCCACACCCACCAUGGUUGCGCAUGCGCCACACCUACCAUGGUGUCACACCAACCACAUUGCCAUGCCCAUAGUGCGACGCCGAACAAUAAUACCCCACCCAACCAUGGGGUCAUUCCUAAACAUGGUGCCACAUCCAACCAUGGGGCCAUAUUCAACCAUGGGGUCAUCCCUAACCAUGGGGUUAUCCCAACCAUGGUACCACAUCCAACCAUGGUGUCUUAUCCAACCAUGGUGCCACAUACAACCAUGGUGCCACAUACAACCAUGGUGCCACGUACAUCCAACCAUGGUGCCACAUCCAACCAUGGUGCCAUAUCCAUGCCAUUGUACCACAUCCAACCAUGGUGCCACAUCCAACCAUGGUGCCACAUCCAACCAUGGUGCUGCAUCCAACCAUGGUGCCACAUCCAACCAUGGUGCCACAUCCAACCAUGGGUGCCAUAUCCAACCAUGGUGCCAUAUCAAACCAUUGCCCCACACCUACCAUGAUGCCAUUCAUAGUGCCAUCACAGCCACAGUGCCAGCCGGACCAUGGUACCAUGCUCAAGUAAAGUUCCUACAACAUCUUUAGUCCACAUCUCACGUUUCUGUGGUUGCCAUGUCUAAUGUGAAUACCCACCCACGAAGGCUGUCCAAAGUUGCCACGUCCACCAAAGCUGCCAUACCCAAAGUUGCCACUGAGGUCCCCUCAGUCUUCAGUCCUUCAUGGUCACGGUCCAAACACCCUCUUUGAGAUGAGUGUCUUCAGAAAUUGCUUUUCUUGUUGUCGUUGCAGUACAUACUUGAGUUGCCAAUCCCAACUGUGUCCGCGGCCCCCAUCACCAAGCCACAUUCCUUCCAUUCUUGCAACUUAACUUGUGCCACAGCGUUUGGCCAGCAACCCAGUACUGAUAAACAGGGUGCAUGCAGUUGGGGGUACAACGUACCUGUCAAUUUUAAUUUAAUGUAUUGUUUUGCUGCUCCCAGAAGCCAGCCUAGUGUCAUAAAACGGGAGUCUCAUAUAGCGCACAGGUAAAUGAAGUUUACGAGAAAUAUGAGACCCAUUAUGUAGCACCUUAUUAAGGGUUUACAAGGUGCUGCGGUGCAUAUUGCAGCCACUGCCAGAAACACCGGGGCAAACCCCUUCUCUUGGCGAUAAGUGUUACUGGGUUCUUUAACGUGCAUUACACAACACACGGGACCUACGGCUUUAUGUCCCAUCCGAUGGACAAAGCAAUAAUGGUAAAGUGCCUUGCUAAAAAACACAUACACCAUGUUCCCUGUCAGGAUUCGAACCCAUGUACCACGGCACAUGAGUCGAACACUGUAACCAUUGGACCACAGCACCCCAACCCACAACAUUUUUGUACCUGUCUCACUACCCGAGUGUCAGUAGCCUUGCCUAGGUUUGUUUUCUAACUCUUGCAGUCCUGCGUGUUUACCAAAUACUUGUUGACUUAAAUAUAUCUACCAGAAAGAAAGCACCCGAGUACAAACACCUUUUUCCAAAGUGGGAGACUGCCAACAUAGGGCUACCUAAGAUUGGGCAAGACAAGUACGCUUUUCGUGCGGGUUCGAUGUCCUGCUCAAUAGAUUAAAAAAUUAAAAGAAAAUGAGUCUGAUUUUUUGGAGUUGCUGAAAUCGAUUUUAAUAUUCAAUUGAUUUUAUAUAAUUGUAUCAUAAAUUCUUUAAAGUUGCAAACCCACAUUUGAAUAAGCGAAAAAAAUAUAUGUACCAAGUAAGCUAUAUUAUUGGACCAUUAACCCAUUAUUCCCUGAACCGCCCCAAAGCGUCCUGCCUGUUACUCCUUGUACCGCCCAAAACCGCCCAAGCACUCGUGGUUUGAUGGAUACAUCAAGGAGUAGAUAAAGUGUAAACAACUAAAGGGUUAAAGAAGUGUUCAUCAUGUGCUUAACCCUAACUCCUUAGGGUGAUUUACUAGGAACCUUCCUUAUCCUUUCUCUACGCCUUGAGCAUCUAAUCAAGAUGGAUUUGGCGCAUUAUAAAUGCUCUUUAUUAUUAUUAUCCUUGCAGAUCACAACACCAUAUGGUAAACUGCACAUAAACACUUGGAUCUCAUUUGUGGUAUGCCUAAUCCCACCUAAAGCACAGUCAGUUUUGUCAGUGCAGUACUUGUCCCAACAGAUCCAAACAAACCCUAGUGUGGGAGAUUGGCUAGUCGGGGAUCGUUAGGAUCAAUGGUGUAUUGAUACUGCAUAUUCAGAAGCCAGCCAAAAUAAAUGAAUUUAACGCAAGGAGAUAAAAGUGAAAAAAUGCUCCACUGAAAAAUUAAACGAGUUGUAUAAAUACAUGAUUACUCAGACAAUGCUUACGUAAUAAAUAUCCUCUGUCAAAAUAUACAAAUUGUUCUUAUGCCUUUACACUGGUAUUGCACAGUCAACAAGAAAACAUUGUUUUCAUCAGCACCAACAGUUCCGAACAGAACAAGUGAGUUUAUAAAUGUUAAUUAAAUCUUACGAAUAAAUGGUUAGUGUCACAAAUAAGAGUUGUUAGUUUUACUUUGUGUUAUCACCAUAAACAUUAUCAACACAUUUUGUACAUAAAAGACAUGUAAGAUUGAAAUUUAAAUAAAAUAAUAACUUUGUAAGCAAAGAGCAUUUAUUUAGGUAUUUUCAUGUUGUUUACUUAUAAUAAUAUCAAGCAUUUAUAGAGCGCUCCUUUCACAUAAGGUAUCACAGCGCUUGUCUGACUUUGAUUUCUUUGUCUUUAAUAAGCUGCAUAAAGAGUUUGUUCAAAAUUUCAUUAUUCUUUUUUUUUGCAUGAAUUAAAAAAACGAAAGACAAAUUUUAUAGAG